AUGCCGUUCGGAAUUCUGGACGACAAGAAGAUGGAAGUCGUGCCUGGCACGGCUUUCCUGAGCGACCAAGACGACCUGCCGCCCGAGCUGUCGGGCCUCCCGCGCGAGCUGCUCAAGCACGGUACGGGCCGGUUCAAGGACGUGAUCCUCGUGCCGCAGCCGUCCGACAGCCCCAACGACCCGAAAAAGGAACUGAUCCUGUUCAUCGUGGGGCUGUCGGCAGCAGUAGUGGGGGCUUACGGGCCGAUGCUGUCGCCAGGGUUCGUGCAGGUGGCGGCGGACCUGAACAUCACGGUCGAGGUGCUGGCGCAGUCGACGGCGUGGGUGAUCCUGAUGAUCGGGCUGGCGCUGUUCCUGACGAACCCGCUGGCCAAGAUCAUCGGGCGCCGCCCCGUGUACAUCCUGGCCAUCGUCAUCAUGUUCGUCACGAGCGUGUGGGGCGCCGCCGUGUCCGAGUACAAUUCCUUUCUGGCCAGCCGCGUCAUCGCCGGCAUCGGCAUGGCCCCCUACGAGGUCCUCGUGCAGUGCACCAUCGGCGACCUGUACUUUGUGCACGAGCGCGCCACGCGCAUCGCCGUGUGGAAUCUGUUUCUGCUGACGGGCAUCAGCGGCGGCGCGCUCAUCGCCGGGCAGAUUAUUGACCGCGACGGCUAUCGCUGGACGUUUGGCGUGUGCGCCAUCAUGUUCGGCCUGCUCAUGCUGGGCGUCGUGUUCCUGGUGCCCGAGACGGCGUACCGCCGCGACUCGGUCGUGAUCGUGCCUGCAGCGGCCGGUGACGACGAGAAGCAUGACGUCGAGGGUGGCACUGGCAGCAGCAGCACCCACGAGAUGAAGCUCGGCCACGACCACGACGCGCAGCACGUCAGCGAGGCCGACAUGCACACGUCGUACCCGGCCGGCGCGCCGGCCGGCGCCGACAAGAAGCACACGUACUGGCAGUCGCUGCGCGUCUUCUCGGGGCGCUACUCGUAUGCACCGGGGUGGAAGGUCUUUGUACGCCCCGUCGUCAUGCUGUUCUACCCGGCCGUGAUGUGGGGCUUUCUCAUCUACGGCACAACUCUCACGUGGAUCGUCGUCUUUUCGGUGGUCAACGGCGUCAUCUUCGUGGGGCCGCCGUACAACUUCUCCAUCAGCCAGACGGGGCUGAUCAGCCUGUCGCCGUUCCUGCUGACGGUGAUCGGCGAGCUGGUGUCGGGCCCGCUCAACGACUGGAUCUGCAUCUACCUGACCAAGAAGAACCGGGGCGUCUACGAGCCCGAGUUCCGGCUGCCGCUGAUGGUGGUGGCGACGGUGGUGGGCGUGGUGGGCUUCUUCGGGUUUGGCGCGACGGUACAGUACCAGACGCACUGGCUCGGCCCCGUGCUCUGCUUCGGGCUCGCCAACAUGAGCCUUGUGUUCGCGUCGACGUGCGUUUUUGGGUACGUCGUCGACAGCUACCGCAGCCACAACGAGGAGGCCUUUGUGGCCAUCAACGCGCGGAACCUGCUCACCUUUGGCCUGACCUACUUUGUCAACGACUGGCUGGCCGAGCAGGGCGCGCUCGUCGUCUUCUGCAUCCUCGGGUCGCUGUUCCUGUUUGUGUGCCUGCUGACCAUCCCGCUGUGGGUCUUUGGCAAAAAGUGCCGCAGCUUCACGGGGCGCAAUGAAUGGCUGCAGCGGUUCAUGAACGACAACCACUAG